UUGGAACCGUUACGGGAUCUCCGUGGGGCUAAGUGUGGCGUGUACGGGACCGAGGGCCUCGGAGGGAUGCUGCAGCUCUGCUCUCAAGGUUUGGAUGUGUGGCUAAUGGGCAUUAAGUGGCACUGAAUGCUUGCUGCGGAGCUCUCGGAAGCACGCUGGGAUGUUGCGUCAGAACGGCGGAGGUAACAGGCGUGCUUUUGGAUUUUCACGGUUUAAUACCUCAAAUUUGUUUACCAUCUCAAACUCUUCAAACUGGGGAAUGGGGCGAAGCACCAAAAGCAAUUCGCUGAGUAGCAUCAGUACCAACUCGGAUGGCUAUGACAGUUCUGUGGUGGAUCCAGAGUAUAUCAUGCAACUGGUAAAUGAUGUCCGGAGGUUUGCCGAUGUCCUUCUGUAUCUCAAAGAAGCCUUUGUGUCUCCAGAAAAUCAAGACAACUUACAUCAUGCAGUGCAUGAGCGUUUAGGGGAGUUGCUGCGAGUUCUGAAAGCUAUAAUCGGCAAACAUCAGACACUUAAUUCUGUGGAUAUCCUUGGAGCUGCUGGAACUGUGAUUGCCAAGGUGAAAGCCGUGAAUUUCAAAAACAUUAAUGAGGAGAACAGGAGGGAACAUUUUGGCGAAAUCUUUGCAUCUGUUGACACUUUAGCAUUCACCUUCGGUAGUGUAGUUUCAGAUUUCCUUAUGGGAGAUGUAGACAAUGGCUCAUCAUUGGGGCUUCAUGGAUCUCGUAGAAGUCGGUCAUUUGAAAAUCUCUCUGUGGAGGACUCGGCUGGAUCGAUUCAUGAGAGAGAUGACAUACAAGGGACUUUACGUGCUGAAGAAGUGGACAACAUGCUCAUGCGGAUUGACAGCGGGGUGGAAUCUGCGCUGGCAUAUGCAAAAGCAUGGUCAAAAUACGCCAAGGAUAUCCUGGCCUGGGUAGAGAAAAGGCUUAACGUGGAAGCUGAAGCUUCUAAAAACCUUGCAAAAAUGGCUGAAACCGCAAAGUCUAUAAUAACACCACAGGAGUUUAUGCCUUUCCAACCAAUUUUCACAGCAGCUUUUCAAAACGACAUUGAAGCUAGCCAGCUGUGUCUGCAAACAAUCACUGCCCUCCAGAGUAACAAAUUUAUUCAGCCUCUUCAAGCUCGAAGAUCGGAGCUCGACAGACAAAGGAAGGAAAUGAAAGAACUUUGGCAGCGGGAACAGAAGAAAAUGCAAGAACUGGAAAUUGCUUUAAGGAAGGCAAAGUUACUGAAAAUUCAACGACGAGAUGAGCAUGAAAGAGCAAAAUCAAGCACAAUACGUGCUGAGGAGGAGCAGCUCAGUUUAUCUGGAGGUCUCCUAAGGGAUGGCAGCAAACAGUUGGAGAAAAAAAGACGUCUGGAGGAAGAAGCAUUAUUAAAGGCAGAAGAAGCCAAAGAAAAUUACAAAACCUGUGUGGCAGAUGUGGAACUAAAAAGGAGCGAAAUGGAAACUGUUAAGAGUGAAAUCUUAACACAGAUCCGAGAGCUUGUUUAUCAGUGUGACCUCACUCUAAAAGCGGCUACAGUAAACCUGUUCCAGAUGCAGCAUGCCCAGGUGGUAUCGUUGCCUGUCAACUGCCAAUCCCUUUGCGAGAAUGCCAAGUGUUAUGAACCAGGGCAGCAGUUUUCAGAGUUUGUGAAGAACCUGCCCAGGGAUGAUUGUGGUAUUGAAGUUGGAUCCUGUGAAGCUCCAAAUGCACAAAUUGGCCGGCCUCUUAUGCCAAAGGAAAAAGAGAACAGUGCACACACCUCUCAUGGGAAUCUAUCUCAAGGAUCUGCUGAAUACCCUAAUCAAUCUCCUGAAGAUCUUGGCAGUCCUCCUUAUAGUCGCUCCCAGAAGAUUGGACAAAAAAGGUCAAGCAGCAGUACUGAUAUUCAAACAUUAAGAGGCCCACCGUUCAGGACGUGGUCUGUUAGCAACCAGAGUGGGGGCAUGUGCAGUGAUUCUGAGAGUGCAGGUGGCAGUAGUGAGUCACGUUCUAUGGAUUCCCCAUCAGCUAGUCCAGGUGACUUUAAAAGGCGUCUUCCCAGGACUCCGUCUACUGGUACAAUGUCAUCAGCUGAUGAUCUGGAUGAAAGGGAACCUCCAUCGCCUUCAGACAAUGGUUUAAAUGACCUUGUCUCUGAGAUUGCGAAUUCUCCUGGACCUUUCAGGAACACUGUUAUGUCCAAGGCAUCCCAGACACACAAACUGAGAAAACUUCGAGCCCCGUCUAAAUGCAGAGAAUGCGAUAGCUUAGUGGUGUUUCACGGCGCUGAGUGUGAGGAGUGUUCUCUUGCUUGCCAUAAGAAGUGCCUGGAAACAUUGGCUAUUCAGUGCGGACACAAAAAGCUUCAUGGAAGACUUCAUUUGUUUGGAGUGGAAUUCACUCAAGCUGCUAAGAACACCCCUGAUGGCAUUCCUUUUAUUAUCAAGAAGUGCACCUCCGAAAUAGAGAGUCGCGCUCUCUCUAUAAAGGGAAUCUACCGUGUUAAUGGAGCAAAGUCCAGAGUCGAGAAGCUGUGUCAAGCAUUUGAAAAUGGCAAAGACUUGGUGGAAUUGUCAGAUCUUUAUGCUCACGACAUAAGCAAUGUCCUCAAGCUCUACCUUCGUCAGCUUCCAGAGCCCUUGAUUUUAUUUCGCCUUUACAAUGAGUUGAUCGGAUUAGCCAAAGAAAGCCAGCGCUCUAUCGAUGAGGUUGACUCUAAAGCAGGCAGCCCACCAUUGAAGAGACAGCCAUCCGGAGUUGAACUCAACAGGGUCAUCCUUAAAAUAAGAGACUUGCUGAAACCGCUACCACUGCCAAACUACAAUACGUUACAGUUUUUGAUGGGACAUCUACACAGGGUGACAGAAGAAGUGGAAGAAAAUAAAAUGACUGCCAGCAACCUGGGAAUAAUAUUUGGACCAACCCUAAUUAGGCCACGUCAGACCGAUGCCACCAUUUCACUCUCCUCUCUUGUGGACUAUCCAUAUCAAGCACGUAUUGUGGAACUGCUUAUAACAUACUAUGAUAAAAUAUUUGACGUGUCCCGUGAGAUGGUUAAUCCUGAAAAGCUGGUUCUGGCAGAGGACAGGGAACCGCAGCAGAUUCGCAAGUCACAGUCAUUGCCAGUUGGCAACGAGAACAUUAUGCUUUCCAAACGUGCCUGCUCCCUGGAUGAGAAUUCAUUAGACUUUAAAGGAGUGGAGGAGCGAGAGAGCAGAAAUCAUAGUAUGAGCAUAGUGGAAGAGAGUGAACACAACUCGUGUGACCAUGAAGAUGAAUUGCGCCAAGAUUCCUCCUCAGAGCCAGUAAGCCCAGUGUUCACAUUACAAGGUUCAGAGGAACAAGAUGUCUCUUUGGACACCAUUUCUGAGGGAGAGGUAAGAAGUAUUGCAGAAGACGGCACAAAAGCAAACAAUUCUGUAGCUGCAAAAUCCUAUAGACAAAUAUCCAAAGUUCAGCUGAGGGCUCCUCGAGCUAAGCCAGUGGUUCGUCCUGUAAGUUUACCCGUGGAUCGGCUUCUUCCUCCCUCCGUGCUGAACGAAAAGAAUUCCAGGAAUGUGGGUGUGGCCACCUCAGACAAACUUGGCAAGAGUCCCAUUAUUGAAGAGGUCUCUGAGACUAAACCUCUAUCCACUGUGAAUUCUUGCCACAGACUUUCUUGUUACGACUCCCAGAGUUAUCGUAAAACGUGGGAUAAGCAGUACAAACAGUAUGACAUCACACCCAGGACUGCAAUGAUCAUGACGAACGUUCCACAAGAAAUAAGAGCGCACGAUGGAAGUCCCACCAUCUUGUUAUCCAAUCCCACGCUGCCAAAAGUACCAUCCACGGGCCAGCUCAAGCCAUUUGCAGCCACCACCGACAGCAACUCAACUGAACCUAAUCCACUUUCUGCUUUCAGAGCCCCAAGAACUUUGCAGCCUCCACCAGGAACUUUUUACAAACCACCUCCCCAAAAAACAAAGCCAAGUGAAGAGACUUCUCAAAGUGACACCACAUCCGCCAGUGGUGGUAAAGCACAGUAUCAGCACAACAACAAUAAUGUGAAUCUAGUUGUAGACUCAGAUCUGGUAUCUGAAACACAUGGACAAGGCAAACCCUCAGAAAAAACUGUUCCUGAGGAGUUUUCACCAUCUGAUGUCAAACCCGCCUUUCCAAGACUUCGGGCAAAGCGUGUUCAGGAGUUAGAACACAGAGAGGCCCACUUUGUGUAGCAUGAAACUGCAGCAUAUACUCCCUCCGCCCAGGAGUGACCUUCAUGUGCCAUAUUGUGAAUACAUUUUUUUUUUUUUUUAAGAAACUUAACUGGAAAAAAACAAAACACUGAAGUAUCCCUUUUAAGCCUUGUUUUAUGCUUUUCUAUAUCAGAUUGUCUAUUUGCGUAUGCAUUCCUCCGAAUAGAAGUGGUUUAUAAGGUGCACUUAGUGAAGUUUAUAUUAUUUUAAAAAGUGAAAUGCUUAUUUAUACCAAGAAACAGUAUUCAUGUAUGGAACAAACUGUUUUCUAAUGUAAAUUUUGUUCAGUAGGUUAAAAAAAAAAUUGCAUUCUUAUGACAGCAGCAAAAACCAUUUGAACUUGCUGAAGGAAAGCAUGUAAUCUGUGCAAUUAAAAAUGAGCUUCUGUAUAAAA